AUGGUCAUAUUCCCAAACACAUCUUUCCAGAGAGUGAAAGUGGGAAAGCUGGACCCAGAUGCUUCAGAGGGAAAAGAGCUCCUGAUGAAUGAAAACCUGAUUAUGUGGCACAGAGGAUUUAAUGAGGUAUUUUCAAAACAAAUUAAACCUCAGUCACUUAUUAUGUCACCCACCAUAGAGAAAGAUGUUGAUCACUUAUAUGAAGAAAAAUUGCCAAGUUGCCAAUGGUUCAAUCAUAAUUAUGUCCCUGAUGAAUUACUGAAAUCACUGUAUUAUUCUAGUAGGCCAAAACAGCAAAAGGUCUGUGCAGAAGGGACUACUGGAGAGAGAGUUUUCCUGAAUGAGAAACGUGAAGCAGCAGGUGGAUUUGAUCUCAUCAACUUGAUCACUUUUCCAAACAGAUCCCUUCAGAGAGUUAGAGUUGGAAAAUUAGAUCCCAAUGCUCCAAAAGUGAAAGAAUUAUUCACUGAUGAAGAUUUGAUUGUCUGGCACCCAGCUUUUAACCAGCACAGGGAUACUCCCAUUGUUAAAGCUAACAACCGGGCCCUCACCUACACCCUCCUUGUCUCUCUUCUGCUCUGUUUCCUUUCCUCCUUCUUCUUCCUCAGCCAACCUGGCCAAGUGACCUGCCAACUCCGACAAUCCACAUUUGGCAUCACCUUCUCAGUGGCCAUUUCUAGUGUCCUGGCCAAAACCAUCACAGUGGUGGUCGCUUUCAUGGCCACGAAACCAGGAUCUCUGAUGAGGAAAUGGGUGGGGAAAAGAUUGGCCUUUUCUACUGUCCUUUCCUGCUCUCUCGUCCAAGUCUGUAUUUGUGCUCUUUGGUUGUCAACAGCUCCCCCAUUCCCUGUGUUAGACAUGCUCUCAGAAGCCAAAGAAAUGUUUUUGCAAUGCAAUGAGGGGUCAGCAUCCUUCUUAUACUGCAUCUUGGGCUACAUGGGGAUCUUGGCCUUUGCCAGCUUUAUCAUGGCCUUUCUUGCCCGUAAAUUGCCUGACAGCUUUAAUGAAGCCAAGCUCAUCACCUUCAGCAUGUUGGCCUUCUGCAGUGUGUGGGUCUCCUUUUUUCCAGCCUAUCUGAGCACAAAAGGAAAGGCCAUGGUAGCCGUGGAGGUCUUCUCCAUCCUGUCCUCCAGCACUGCAUUAGUAGGGUGCAUAUUUUUGCCAAAAUGCUACAUCAUUGUUUUCAGGCCUGAGCUCAACCACAGAGAGCAACUAAUAAAGAGGAAUUAG